AUGCCUUCCAAGGACUUUACGGUUCUGAUCGCCGGCGGUGGCAUAGCUGGCUUGACCCUGGCGAAUCUGCUCGAACAGGUGGGCAUCAACUAUGUGAUCUUGGAGGGGUAUCGCGAGAUGGCGCCCCAGGUUGGCGCAAGCAUCGGCAUUCUGCCAAACGGUUCCCGCGUUCUCGAUCAGAUUGGACUCUACGAUCAGAUCAGACAACUCAUCGACGAGCCACUUUUCAGGAUGUCCCUGUGCGACGCCAAGGGUAUUCCGACGAGUGAGUAUCGCGGCGUUGGCGAGCAGAUCAAACGACGGCACGGGUACGAGGUUGUGUUUGUGGAUCGGCAAAUGAUUUUGGAAGUCUUGUGGAAAAAUCUAAAGAACAAGGACAAAAUCCUCGUCAGCAAACAGGUUAUCCGGGUCUCUCUCGAGCCAUCCAAGGUCAGAGUCGAGACGAGUGACGGCCAGUCCUACUUGGGCGACAUCUUGGUGGGUGCCGAUGGCGUUCACAGCAGAGUCAGAAGCGAGAUGUGGCGGCUCGCCGACACCAUGGAGCCCGGCUACAUACCUGCUUCUGAAAAGACGGAAUGCCUGCCGACGGUCUACAAGUGCAUCUUUGGCAUCUCCAUCAUCAAGGACUGGGAGGACAGCACGGUGCAGACCAACUUCAACAAACACUUCUCGUACCUCGUCAUCUCCGGCCCUUCCAACAGGGUCUACUGGUUUCUUUUCGUCAACAUGGGCUAUACGCACUACGGCCCCGAGCUCCCCAAGUACACAAAGGAAGACGAGGCAAAGCUGGUCAAGGAGCACCAGGACGAUAACAUCAUUGAGAACUUCACCUUCAAGGACCUGUACGCCGCCAGGAUCUCGUCCGUCCUGACCCCGCUGCCAGAGUACGUCUUCAAGAAAUGGCACUUCAACCGCAUCAUGACCAUUGGCGAUGCCGCACACAAGCUCGAACCUAUUGCUGGCCAAGGGGGAAACAGCGCCAUCGAAACAGCAGCGGUCCUGGUAAACAACCUCACGGAAGCCCUCAAGCAGAAUCCAUCAGGCAUCACGACGGAGCAGAUCCACAACGUCUUCCUGGCAACUCAGAAGAAGCGAGAACCGCGCGUCUGGCCGCUCGUCCACGCCUCGCACAAGGAACAGCGCUUCGCCGCAAUGGAGAACCCUCUUCUGGAGUUCGCCAGCCGCUACGUCGUCCCGAGCCUGUCCAUUGACGAGAAGCAGGGGCCCUGGAGCACAAAUGUCGAGGGUGGCCACAAGCUCGACUUUUUAGACGUGCCAAAGAGGCCGCGCGCGCUUCCCUUCCUCGACGAGCUUCCCAGCCGGAAACUGGACUUCUCCGGGCUGCCCAAGCUCGUGGUGGGAGCCGCUCUCGCCGGCAUCUUGUUCCUGGCGCAACGGGUUCUGGUCAUCGCUCCCGAGGCGGCGAGCGGCGCCAGUUUUGUGGGCUACCCCCUGAAGACGGUGUAUACCGGUAAUGCCCAGAUUGAUUCGGUUCUCUCUCUUCUCUCCUGGGCCUUCUCCGAGGCAACGUCUGGUCCUGACCCGAACAUGAGGCUCCAAUGCCUGUACUUCUUGAUCAACCUUAUGCCAAUCAUCUACAUUUGGACAGUCGAAGGCUACCGCAACGGGAGUCAGCUGUCUCUUGUAUCCUGGCCGUCUCUCUUCGCCGUCUACCAACUGGUCGGCAUCGGGAACAUCGCACCGCUGUACUUUCUCAUCAGCCUGCACACAACCAGCAGCGAGGUCUACACCCGUCCCACAGGGCGACCGAUCCCAUCAACCGUCGCGAAGGCGCUGAUACCAGCCCUCUGUCUCGGCUACGCCAUACCCACCGCCCUCAUGUUCAUCCAGUACGGCGACAGUGUUGCCCAGCAGAACGCCAUCGCCUUCUGGCAGCCCUCUCCACUCUACGUCUCGCUGCUCACCUGGACCUUCUCCGGCCUUCUCCGGAUCGUAUCGCCCACCAAGUCCCUGGACUGGGAAAUAUUUGAAAAGAAAGACCAGGGCGCGUUGCAGACCGGCUACACGCUCGCGUUUGCCAUCACCGCCAUCACGCACGUCUGCGCCCUCGCGUACGCCGGUCUCAGCCCCUCCGUGUCUCUGUUUGACACCUUUCUCGACUUGCCGAGCGUCGCGUCCAUGGCCCUGGGCCACAGCAUUGGCGGCUUCUGGAAGUACGACAUGCUCCUGUGUUUCGGCGCCGUUGCGAUCUGGUGUUUAUAUACCGUCUACGAGCUCCGUCGGCUGGGUUAUGUUACGACGCGGGCCGCGAUCGGGGCUGCGGCGGCUACUUUGCUGGGUCAGGUUCUCGUCGGCCCGGGAGCGACUUAUGCGGGACUCUGGGCGUGGAGGGAGAACGUCAUUGCAGGGCUGGUGAAGGAUUAA